UCAACCCAACACAGUAAAAUCACAGUAAAAUAUCCAGUCUGAUUGUAGACUGAUUUAGUUUUUGUUUAACUGUAUCAGUGCCCACAUUUUGAUUUUGCUAUGUUAUACAUUGUAAAUUGUUUAUGAUAACCACUACUCGUUUAUCCUAAGUUCCGUUCAGUGUUAUUUAAAUGCUAGACCAUAACUUUGUGAUAUGGUGAUAAUGACAUGUUAUCGUGUGCUCUUAGUUUUUAUUUUAGCAAUAAUAUGUGUGAGUACAGAGGAGGAAACUACACAGAGAAUGACAAAGGCUGAGAGGGUCAGACUGAGGGAAGAGUCCCGUCGCAUGUUCUACCAUGCGUAUAAUGCGUACAUGGACAACGCGUACCCGGCGGACGAGCUGAUGCCGCUCAGCUGCCAGGGGCGAUGGCGGGGAGUCACUCCCAGUAGAGGGGACAUGGACGAUGUGCUGGGCAACUUCUCACUAACCCUGGUGGACAGCCUGGAUACAUUAGCCGUGAUGGGAGACUUCUCCGAAUUCAGCCGAGCCAUUAAACUGGUGAUCCGUGACGUCACGUUUGAUCAUGACAUCAUUGUGUCGGUUUUUGAGACAAACAUACGGAUGGUUGGAGGGCUUCUCUCAGCACACGUAUUGGCGACAGCCCUCAAGAACGAAGUGCCAGCCCUGCAUUGGUAUAACGGGGAGCUUCUACGGAAAGCUGAAGACCUGGGCAGAAGGUUACUGCCCGCUUUCAAUACGUCUACAGGCAUUCCACAUGGCAGGGUGAACCUCCGCCACGGUAUCCGAGGGUUGUCAGAAUCACGGGAAACAUGCACCGCGUGCGCUGGAACCAUGAUACUAGAGAUGGCAGCCCUGUCGCGAUUAACUGGUAACCCUGUGUUCGAGCAGAAAGCGCACAAAGCUAUGGACGGCUUGUGGAAGAUUCGGCAUAGAACUUCCGACCUAAUGGGCACAGUGAUAAACAUACACUCUGGUGACUGGGUCCGCAAAGACUCGGGUGUUGGCGCGGGCAUAGACUCGUACUACGAGUACUGUCUCAAAGCGUACAUCUUGCUCGGAGACGAGAAGUACCUGGCCAGGUUCAAUAGGCACUAUAACGCGGUCAUGAAGUACAUAAGCAGGGGUCCCAUUAUGCUGGCCGUGCAUAUGCAUAGACCGCACCUCCAGUCCCGCAACUUCAUGGACGCCCUACUCGCGUUCUGGCCCGGGCUGCAAGUGCUGCUCGGUGACGUGCGGCCCGCGGUCGAGACGCACGAGAUGCUGUACCAGGUGAUGCAGCGGCACACCUUCAUACCGGAGGCGUUCACUAGUGACUUCCAAGUGCACUGGGGUCAACACCCACUCCGUCCAGAAUUCCUGGAGUCCACAUACUUCCUGCACCGCGCUACGGAAGACGAUCACUACCUACAAGUCGGCAAAACUGUACUGAAAGCGUUACAGCAAUACACCAGAGUGCCUUGUGGUUAUGCAGCCGUGAAUGACGUCAGAACAAGGAUACAUGAGGACAGAAUGGAUUCCUUUGUCCUUGCAGAGACGUUCAAAUACUUGUAUAUGUUGUUUGGCGAAGAUAAAGACUUGCCUAUUCAAUUGGAAGACUAUGUGUUGACGACGGAAGCUCAUUUCCUACCGUUGUCUUUGGCGACAGAUGGGAAGAAUUCGACCUACUUGAAUAUAAAGAUCGAUGAUGAGGAUGACGAUAAAUAUCGAAAAACGUGUCCCAACACAGCGUCCCUAGUGGCUGAGAAAGUCCGUCGUCCAAUGCGACAAAUGCUUGGCAGUACGGCCGCCAGACCGCCGGCCAGACUCCGCCCACUCAAUGACCCGAGGCAGAUACACGCAUUGGCUGAUAUGGGCAUAUCAGUACUGACGCUGGCCGAUGGGAGGGUGCAACUGCUCUAUACGGCUAUUACGGCUAAAUCCCAAAAAGACGCAGCGGAGGGACUCACAUUUAUGCGCGAAAUGUCUAAAUGGAACGCACUCAGUGACUCAGAAAAUGGCGUAGUUGCGGCAGGAGUCAAAAUCACCGACAAAAUCUUCCCAGCUGGCCCUGGCCAUUUCGGGAAAGAAAUAACCGGCAACGAAAGAUACGUGGGCACAGUUAACUUCGCGUAUCCGUCAGAUGCAUGUUCUGCCAUCAAGAAUAAAGACGAAAUUUCUGGAAAGUUUGCCAUUGCCAAAAGGGGACAGUGCACCUUCGCACAAAAGGUCCGGAACCUUCAAGAUGCUGGAGCACAUUUGGCCAUAGUCCUGGACAAUGUUAAAGAGUCGACUCACGAAAGCACAGCUCUCUUCGCUAUGUCCGGAGAUGGAAAAGAUGACAUACAAAUCCCAGCGGUAUUCCUUUUCUCCAAAGAAGGAGCUUUCCUCAAAGCGGCGCUCAAAGAAAAUCCAGGAUUGAUUCUAGUGGUUGGAGAACUCAAGUCCAUGAAGCGGGAAUACGAGAACAGCUGUGAUAACGGGAACUGCGACUUGCUAGAGAGCCCGGUGUCAAUGGACAAAGAGUCGUUUGACUUGAAACGCGUUCUGAGCCAAUUAAUAACGCAAUUUGAACUCAAUGUCUCUAACGAGGACAGUCAAAAAACCUGUGAGGAUUCGAGCGAACUAUUGAAGGACAAACAAGAAGAUGACUCCGCGAAAGUUUGUAAACUAAAGGACGAAGAUAUUAAAAUAAAAGAAACCGUUGAAGUGAAAACACACGACAAAAAAGACGGCGUAUGAAGUUUUAAACGUGUUUGUAUAUACAGAUGUAAGUGAAGAUGUGUAUAAAUGUGUAAAUAUCGGUUGUAAGGGGGUAUAUCGUGCCUUGGAAUAUUUACGAAUUCCACGUUUUAAUUUAACGAUCAUACAGCAAUAACUCCGUUCCUACAAUCGUAUUGGGAAUUGACUACUAUUUGAAAAUAUUUGAAGUACAUAAUAUAGGUACUAAAUGACGCGAAAUCUAUGGCCGUAUUUUAAAAUCCGUUUGUUAUAAAUGAAUAAAGCAAUAAUUAAUUGUUCCUAGUAUUACCGAGUAGUGUAAUUUACUUUCAAUUGUAAAUGUUACACGAUGUUUGAUACAAUAUAUUUUAUGCAUGAGUUAUGUAGGUUUGGAUUACAAAAUAUGCGUACGAAACAUGCGCAAAUUUUGUGUGAGUCUUUAGACAUAAAUUCUACCAUUAAUAUUUUAUAGUUCAUAUAUGAUUAUAUUUAUAUGUUUCAUGAAUAUGAAUUGAAUGGUGAGUACAUAGGCUUUAAUCUACCUCUAGUGAGUCACAUGUGAUAUUUUUAAACCACGAACAAAAUCGCGGGAUAAAGUAAGUGUAUCACGAAUAGUUCAAGACAUUGCAAUAAAAUAUAUGAGAUAGACGUUUUAAUAUACAAGGUGUCCCACUAUUGGUAUACUAAGCGCUAAGGGACUUGUAGUUUUGCAUACACUGAUCAUGUAAAAAAUAUUUAAACAACAAAAUUACGUUAAAAAAAUUUUUCUAAAUUUUUCCUGAAUAUCCAUGUUUUUUUCUCUAUCUUCGCACAGCCGGCAUAUACCGCUUCUCUAAUGUGAGCAUUUUGUCUACGAAAACAUAAUCCCACCAAAAACAUUUUCAUGUAAAAUGUUGCCAAGACGAGCCCAUAU